AUGUCGGCCGAACUCGCCUAUAAGGCCAUUGCCCGCAAGAAGCUUGAGCAGCUCCAUUCCCGCAUUCCACAGGAAUGGCAGCUCUCCUCUCAAUGGAUCCCUGCUGGCAUGUUGUCACCGGAGGAAUCGGUCACGGUCACUAAUAAGUACGAAGCUGUUAACGUUAUGGAUGUCCCGCGGAAUUGCGGUCUGUUGAAACCGAAAGAGCUACAGAUUACUGAGAGAUGGGAUGUAAAGGGCUUGCUGCAUGAGAUUGCCUCAGGCAAACUAUCAGCAAGAGAGGUCUCGGAGGCGUUUUGCAAGCGUGCCGCAAUAUCCCACCAACUCACCCGUUGCAUCACAGAGCCACUCUUUGAACAGGCUCUAGCCCGAGCCUCUGAACUUGAUGCACAUUUGAAACGCACGGGCAAACUUAUUGGUCCCCUCCAUGGCCUCCCGAUCUCUGUCAAAGACUCCUACGAUAUUAAAGGCUUCGAUUCGACCACUGGCCUAGCCUCCCUUGCAUUCAAACCCGCAACAGAAAAUGCGCCGUUGGUGGACCUGCUUUUCGACCUGGGCGCCAUAAUUGUUGCGAAGACGAACAUCCCCCAAACCCUCGGGGCCCUCGAUAGCGUGAACAAUCUCUUCGGCCGCACUCUGAACCCCCUGAACCUCAAGUUGACUCCUGGAGGUAGCUCCGGUGGAGAGGCGGUCCUGGUUGCUAUGAGAGGUUCCAUGAUAGGAAUUGGCACAGAUAUUGGCGGCAGCAUCCGCAUUCCGGCCAUGUGCCUUGGGAUUUACGGCUUCAAACCAAGUGUUGGACGAUUCCCCUUUGGCAGCCCGUCAAACAGAGCUGUCGCACCUAAGAUGCGUGUUGGUCUACAGGCUGUUGGUGGGCCAAUCGCCCGAUCCAUGGAAGAUAUAGAUGUCCUCAUGAAGGAGGUCGUUCCGAGAGCGGAGCUCUACGGUGAAGAUUGCAUUCCCGGCCAGUGGGGUGCGAGUGAGACACCACUCUUGUUGGCGAAACCGCGAAAAUUCACCAUCGGCAUCCUGCCUUCCGACGGACGUAUCCAGCCCCUACCCCCCAUCGCCAACGUCUUGAAUGAAGUGGCACAAGCACUCCGCAACAUCCCCAGUGUCGAGGUUGUCGAGAUCCCCAUCCCUGACGCUCUUGGUGAUUGUCAACGGGUGGCAAAUGAUCUGAUGGGGCUAGAUGGGGCCGGAAGCAUGGCUGAUCUCAUCGAAGCAACUGCGGAACCUCUGAUUCCCUGGUUGCAGGCCAGAUUCAAACGGGGGACACCGAAGACUCUCGCGCAGGCGUGCGCAGUUCAGGGCCGCAGAGCGGAGUUGGAGAGAGAUAUGUUAAAGAUGUGGACCUUACCACCGUCAUCACUGAGAUCACCCAGCCCCGAUUCCGAACCCAGAGCAAGAAAAGUGGAUGCGAUCAUCCACCCCAUAGCCCCACAUCCGGUUCCUGAACAUGACCGCUACAAUGCCGUCGGAUACACAUCCAGCUGGGUCUUGUUGGAUUAUGCAGCUGGUGCGGUUCCCGUGCGAAAAUUUACUGAGGCAGACCUCGAACUCGGGAGAGAGAUGGAAGGGAAGAUCUUAUCCAGCUGGGAUAAAAGGAAUAGAGAAUUGUGGAAUUCCUCGACCGUUGAUCGUCGCGUCUAUCUCGAUUCACCCCUCAGCAUCCAAGUCAUUACCCCCAAACUCCACGAAAAUGACUUGUUCAAAGCGAUGAGUAUUAUUGACAGCGCGGUACGGGGCCAGCCAACCAGGGGCAGUGGCCAGGGAUCGAAGCUGUGA